AGUAACUAGACGCGUCUGCCAGACACAGCACGUCCAGCCCUGCCGGGGCCCCUUUUCUGCCACCUGCCCCGCGUUUUGCUUGCUUGCUUGCUUUCCCGACCUUGCCGCCCACGAACAUGUCCUUGCGACUCUCCAUCUCUGCAAAACAACCCCCGACGCCUACUGUGUCGUGGCUUUGCGGGUGCGCGACCGAGUCUGCUCGUCUGCCAUGAGUACCGCCGACCGAUGUUGAUAGCAAGCCGGCCAUCGCCAAUCCAUCCAUUCACUCUGACCCGCAAGCAUACGCUCCACGCGCGACGUCAUCAUUCUUGGAGCAGAAGAGGAAGAAAUAGGCCUGUACGACACCACGGCAAUCAAUAAUCGAAAUGAAUAAUUCAAACGACACGGAAAAGCCUCAUGUGGCACCUGAUUUGGUACAUGUAGUAGGUGAUGUAAAGAAAAGGAGACCCAAGUCGCGCCUCCCUCCACCGCCUUACUCCCACGCUCCACCCUCCUGUACCGUGAAUAGGAUCACCCGUGUCCGUCUCCCUGGCAAAGAGACCUCGGCUCUCUGGGACAUUGCCAUUGCAGACGGCAAGAUAUCUUCCAUCGACCCCCAUGAAGUCGCCAGGCCCACGGGCGAACACGGCUUCACUGACACUUUAGAUGGUGCCAACCGUCUGGCAGCUCCUUCUCUGUGCCAUGCUCACAUCCACCUGGACAAGUGCUUUCUGCUCCAGGAUCCUAAAUAUGCCGAUCUACAGAUUGAGAAUGGAGAUUUCCAAGAGGCCAUGGAUAUGACGGCCAAAGCCAAAGCCAGAUUCGAGGAAGACGACCUGUUGAGACGGGGCCGUCAGCUAGUGGAAGAGAGCAUUCGACACGGAGUCACGGCCAUGCGCGCCUUUGUAGAAGUAGACGGAGGAGUCGAGUUCAAGUGCUUAGACGCGGGUUUGGUGUUGAAAGAGGAAUUCGCAAAUCGCUGCGAGUUACAAAUCUGUGCAUUUGCGCAACUGCCAUUAUUUUCCGGGGAAGACGGAGGUCAGCAGGUGAGAAGACUGAUGGAAGCAGCUGCUCAAGAAGACGGCGUGGAGGUUUUGGGAAGUACGCCGUACGUAGAGAAAGAUGUAGCAAAGCAGAAGAUGAAUGUACGAUGGAUCACUUCUUUGGCACUGGCUCACGGAAAACAUCUUGACCUCCAUCUCGACUACUUCAUGGAACAAGAAAAACAGCCCCUCGUUUGGUCCGUCUUGGACAUCAUCAAGGAUAGGAAUUGGGUAGCUCGUCAAGGCAAAUCAAUCACAUUAGGACACUGCACACGGCUUACACGGUUUCAGAAGGAUGAAUGGACCAGAUUGAGAGACGCUGUUGGCCAUCUCCCGAUUUCUUUUGUGGGGCUUCCAACUUCAGACCUGUUCAUGAUGCACACAACAGAUGGUCGCCGAAGUACCCUCCCCGUGCUGGAUAUGAUUAGAUAUCACGGACUCAAUGCAGCUAUUGCCAUCAACAAUGUCGGCAACGCAUUCACACCGCACGGCAACUGCGAUCCACUAAGCAUUGCAUCCAUGGGGGUCGGACUCUAUCAAGGCGGAACAAAGAAAGAUACUGAGACGCUCUAUGCAAGUAGCCUUCUGGGUAUACGCUUUACCUGUUUGAAUCGCUUUGCUAACGCCACUAUGCAGGAAACCGUCUCGUCCAGAGCUAAAGCUGCUAUCGGUCACCAAGUGACAUCUCUGAGUUUGAAAGUUGGAGAGCCCGCUGAUCUGGUCUUGUUUGAUCCAAUGGAUAGUGGCUGGCGAUGUCGAAAGAGCAUCACUGAGGCGGUGUAUGAUCCGGGCACCAGCCGGCAAACCAUUCACCGUGGACGUGUGACGUCUGCUGGAGAUUUAUACUGA